AUGGAGAACGGUUCGUCCUCGGAGGGCAAGGACCCCUCGGCUUUCCUCAGCGAGAUCAUCGGUGCCCCGGUGAUUGUCAAGCUCAAUUCAGGCGUAGUUUAUAAGGGCGAACUGCAAUCUGUGGAUGGCUAUAUGAACAUCGCCCUUGAAAAGACCGAGGAAUUCGUGAAUGGCAAGCAUCGCCGCAGCUAUGGAGACGCCUUUGUACGAGGCAACAACGUUCUUUACAUCUCUGCGAGUUGA